GAGGGAUAUCUCAGCGUUUCCGAUGGAGAUCCGGUGCCGCAUCUUUCGAUACUAUGCAACCAUGCGCACGAUGCGCAGCCAGAAGCGAAAGCCAUUCAUCCCGACUGACCAGCCCACCUCGGGGAAGCACGAGGAGCCCAUCUAUCUGACUGGCACCUUCCCUGCGCCUCACCAGCCGCCGUCCUCCCCUUCUAAAUCCCCUUCUCCCAGCAAGACGAACAGUCCUCACGGUGCUGCCAAGCAUGAGCCGAGAAGCUCGAGAGUGGAGCGGCCGAUUCGGCUGCCCAACACCGCAUCGUCAUUCGCGUCGACCGCAAAGAGCAACCAGGCCAAAGCUGCGACGGCGAAGGCGCUUUCAGCAGAGGAGCCGGUCAGGCGGCGAUCAACGACCCCCUCUGCCGACACUAUCUCAUUGCGUCCGGACAUUUCGCGAGCCUGGACAAGGGAGGAGAAGAAGAAGCUGAGAGAGGAGAUUCGGGCGCUCUUGCCGCCCGACAGCCAGCCCAUGACACAGGCAGCGGAAGAGCAGCAGCGAGCGCAGGAGCGGCUGCUGCACACCCUUGGAGGGCUCAGCGAGGUCUAUGACGCAUCGCUCCUCAACCAGAUCGCUGCUCGUGGCGAGGAGCCAGAGGUGACAAGACUCCGCCUCGAGCAGCUGGCCGCAUCGCUAUCGAACCUCGGCGACCUCAUCCUUGCUUCGUCGGCUGAUUUCCGCGCAACCGUCCUGCCCGACCACCCAUUCCUUUCUGCCGCCAUUGUGGCCAUCCACCAUGCCGCCAGAUCGGCCCUACUCAGCCCCCAGGCGCUCGUCCACUCGAUGGAGUUCCUUCUCUGCAUGGGAGGCGCCCAGACGGCCACUCCAUUGUCCUUCCUGCUGCACCAGCUGCUCCCUCUGCUGCCCUCCCUGCCGACGGCCGAUGCCUCCCGCCUGCUAAGAGGCGUCGCGAGGCACCCCGUCCUAGCGCAACAACCGCAGAUAUGGGACUGGCUGGUGACGAAUGCGGCCGAGCAGGUGCCUGAGGUUGCUACGGAUGGUCUGGUGGAGCUGAUGGGUGCUCUGGGGGAGGCCGAGUGUGCUGACGUGGACCUGUCGCGUGUGUCGGUGAUGAUCCGGGAUCUGCUUGACUGCGGGUGGAUCGCCCAGCUGCCUGUGAGGGGUGUGGCGAGCGUCCUCUUCUCGGUCGGCAAGGCCGGCAUGGUGGACGGAGAUGUGCUGGACGGCGUGUGCGCCAUCCUGCUGCCGCUGCUGCCCUUUGUGACGCCAUCUGAGGCGCAGUCGCUGCUGAUGACACUGGCGCUUCACAAGAGUCUGUAUGACAACGCGGGAGUGGUGCCCAACCCCAUCUACCGGCCUGCCCCGGGCAGACUGGUCAAGGCGCUGACACGACGGGUCACCAAGGAGAUGGAGUGGAUGACGCUCGAGAGAGCCACGCCCCUCUGCCUCACCGUCUCGAUGCUCGGCCGGGGUAAGGACGCUCUCAAGGCCCUCGUCACCGCACGGGUCCUCAAGGGAGGCCUGCCGGCCAUCCAGGCCCUCCCGACCGGCACAUACGUAACCCUCCUCUACUCCCUCUACCACAUGGCCAUCUACAAGGGCUUCCACCCAGAUCUCCCCCUGCCGCUCCUCGAGGCCUUCCCGGCACACCUGCCCAAAAUGUCCCCCCGGCAGAUCGCGACGUCGCUGGAGAGCCUGAAGCCCGUCACCGCCAAGAGGCUGGCGGCCCCACUGCUGCCCGCCUUCUACGACUUGGCGCAGCACAUUCACUGGCAGCUUCGGGGUGGGGGAGGUGAGGCGGGUGAUGUGUUGGCUGGGCGGCGUCUGACGCCGACAGAGAUCAUAUCAGUGCUCAAGAUCUAUGGAGAGCUCAAAUUCAAAGACAGGUGCGGACGCGAGUGCGACAUAGCGCUUCGUGACGGAGUGUAUUUGUGUUCUGUUUGUGUCACAUCAGAGGUCCGCUUUGCUCCAUCCUGGACACCAUCACCGCUGUUGUCACACCCCCACCACUCCGUCCCCUGCUCGGCGAGUCGUCGUCCGUCUCUGCCGCUGGCGUACUGGACGUGUCGGUCAGCCCCCAACCGGCACCCUCGCCCUUCCUGGCCAAGCUCGGCCUCCCUCAGCUGUGCGACCUGCUGGAGGUGUAUGCCCUUACCAAAUCCAUCAGGUGGAUCGCUGGCACAUGACACAGAUGGAUGGAUGGAUGGAUCGUUGUGUCGGGGCUGUGAGUGUGCAGGACGCAGGCAGUACUGGAGGCGCUUGACCGGCGGCUUGAGGCGAGCAGCAACAGCAUCUCGCCGACCAACCUGACAAGGAUCCUCUGCCACAUGGCGACGCUGCAGACGUCAUUCCCCCCGCUGGUGCGCCGGCUGUGUCGCCUUGUGGCCGACGAGACCAUGGAGGCACCCCAAACGGAUCAGUCCAUCCAGAUCCUCUGGUGGCUUGGCUACCUUCAUCCACCCGGCGGAUGACCAGUAAUCAUGCACUGGUGUUGUGUGUUUUCUGUGCAGGUCGCUUAUCGGCUUGGACUGUUGGUCGACCGUCAGGGCCAUUGCUUUGCCGACAGUCAAGAUGGCGUAAGCAAGAGACAGACGGGCAGCCGGAAAAAAGUGGUUACCGUCAUUUCUGCUGCGUCUUCUGCAGUCUCGAUGAGUAUGAGGAUUUGCCGCGACAAAGCCACCUGUUGCUGUUCGAGAGUCUGUGUCAGCUGAGAGUCGCCAUGCCCCCCCUCGCCCACCGGUGCCUCACCCUGUGUUCCAACUUCCCCGCCGUCCCCACCUACUCGGCCACGUCGCUGCCCAUCCCGCCGCAGCUGAUGGACACCAACAGCAGCACCGACACCGACCAAGCUAGGUCGCCCCUCCGGGCCGUCGAUGUGGACGAAGCACUCAAGACACUCAGCCCCGAGCCGUCGUCGGUCGGGGGCGGUGAGGAUGUCAUUCCUGAACUGACACCGAUGGAAGAGGCCAUGUUUGGGGAGGAGGGAGAGGUGGUUACGGGCGAUGUGACGACUGAUGUGGGCGAUAGGCGGCUGCCUGAGUUGUCGUCGCUCGAGCGGAGAGUGGAGGACCUGCUCAGUGCGGCUGGAGGCGAGAAAGGGGUUGAGGAAAGGUCUGCAUCAGACGACGUCUCGUGGCUUGAGGACAUCCACGGCCUUCUCGACACAUUUGAGAGGGAUAGUGGGUCGGCGGAUGCUGAGCGUGAGGGAGCGCAGACCACCAAGCCUUUGCUCACCGACGACACACAGCAGCAAGAAGAGGUAGAAGACUUCGGAUCGACCGAUGAGACACCGCUGCCCGCUCACGUGCCACCACCAGGGGAGGACAUAUGUGACACGUUCUCGAUGCGGCACCUGCGGCUGGGUGGUGGGUCGGGCAGCAGCCUGCUGCUGCCGACGGGAGAGAACUCAGCGAUGAUCACGAGUGUCCUCACGGAGAUGCAAUUCGGUAGAGAGGACAGGACAGGACAGGAAUUCAAAGGUACACUGUAUCUGUUGUGCACGCGAACCUCUCGCUCUUCUGUCAGGCUGGCGAUCGAGAUCGAAGCACAAGCUUGCAACGGUGAGCCACACCACAGGCGGACGGGGCAUGGUGUGAUGUCGGCAGUUGUUGAAGAACAUGUGUGUCGUGUCCUUCCCUUAAAUGUCACUGCAGAUGAUGACUCCCCUGCACGAAACUGUCGGCGAGGUCCUCGGCAGCCUCAAUAUCGCAGCCGUACUCAGGUCCGAUUGCCACGACGGACGAGACAGACAGACAGACAGACAGGAGUCACAGCAAUGAGUACUCACAUGCCUCUUGUCUCAGGGAGUGCCCCCACCCGGGCGGUAUGAUCGCCCAAGAGCACUGCCGCCCCUACGGCGGCUUCGCCAUGCUGUGGCAAGCCGACCACGAGUACGUCAUCGACCUCGCCCACCCCUUCACCAAAAUCGCCAUCGUGCUGGUGGGCAACCACUCAUUCGGCGCCAUCAAGGACCAGCCAGGCGACAGCGACCACCUGCUGUGUGAGGCGGUGCUCAAGAUGAAGUUCCUUCACGGCCUGCAGGGGUGGACCAUCAUCCCGCUGCGCAAGGAACAGAUACGCGACGCCAGACGAGCUGGCGGGGGGUCUUCAUCCCUCCACGCCGCUGUGGGGCGGGCAAACCGCAGACGGCCGGUGAGCCUUACCCAUCUAUAUGGCCUAGAGGAUACAUCAGCUGAGGAUGUGAGUGGGUUGCUGAAGCAUGGUGGUGGUGGUGUUGGUUGGGAGGAUGGGCUGUCACCGCUGCACGAGAGGCUGGAUCGGGAUAGGGUUGUGUUGCAUGUGGCAUCGCAGCUGUAUGAUGUGUUCCCGAUGGACAGGAGCUUUCUGCAGAGAUAUGCGCACCUCACUGGCCUGCCUUCGCAGCUAGCUGGGGCAGGGCAGCAACCAACAGGGGAGGGAGGGAGGGAGGGAGGGAGGGACUGAAUGAGUGACUGCACUGCACUGCACACUUGCAACACACGUGCAGUGCAGUGCAGUGGCGAUGUGUGGGUGGGUCCAUGCCAUGGCCAUGGAUGCUAUGCUAUGCUAUGCGAUUGUGAAUAGACUGGCAUACUACUUACUGCUCAAUGUCCGAUGAUGAUGAGCGAACCCCGUCUGCCUUUCACUUCCAUCCAUGUCUGUCUGUCCAAGCAGCUAACCAAGCCUCUCUCGCGAGA